CGCAACCACGUCAAGCAUCAAGCAGUUGUACAUAAGAAAAUAUCCAAUAUUUUUGCUCUUAUCAGCUAUUAGAAUGUAAUUUUUGUCAUAAAUAAACAUUAUUAUCAUAACCAUCACCAAAAAUAUUAUCAGUGUUUCUGAUCCAUCCCAUUAUUGCUUCAUUUUUUUGGGGAAGUUAAAUUAGAACUGCAAUCCAGCGGUUGUAGGUCACGCUGGCUAGUUCCCAGAAACGUCCGCCAUCUUGUUUUGCUGUGAUUGCCUCAGAGGUUGCAGUCAUCAGGACUACAUUCUGGGUGACCUGUGACCCCUAGCCCGUGCCGUCUGAUUGGUGGAAGUCCCCAGAAAGAGGACCAGGAUGGGAGAUGACGACAAACCUUUCGCGUGCCCCUCAUGUGGGCAGAGGUUUGCGAAUGAGGACCACUUGUCUGUACACAAACACAAACACGAGAUGACGCUCAAGUUCGGCCCCCCGAAGCUGGAUGGCCUGGUGGUGGACCAAACGCCGACUCCUACCAGAUUCCUCAAGAACUGCGAGGAAGUGGGGCUUUUCCAGGAGCUGUCGGGCGCAAGCCCCUUCGAACAGGACUUCAAGAAAGCUUCCGAGCAGAGCACAUCACAGGAUUCAGGCGACCAGUCCGAGCCAGCGGAGACGGCACCGUUACCCGCGGCAGACACCAGAGUCCCCGCGCCGGCCGCUCCUGUCGCUCACGUGGCUCCCGUAUCCAUGGAAACCAGCGCCGCACCCACCCAACCAGAACCUGCCAGAGUUAACCCACCGCCACAGGUUGCAGCCACCAACGUCGUGACAAGUCCGUCUGCUACCAUGGCGACCCCGGAGCUGGUUCCGACCAUCGGCAUCGCCGGUACCGUCUCUACCGUCAUCACACAGGCACCGGCCGGCAUGGCGCGGCAGAUGAACACGUUUCAAGGUUCCCUGCCAGUACUACUGCAUCUGCCCAACGGUACCACCAUGCCCGUAGCGGUACCAGUACCAGCGUCCAUAGCUAACCCCUCGGUGCAGGUACCGUCGGCUAUCCCUGCCCCUCAGAGCAGUCCUACUGGAUCCACCAUCCAACAACAACAACAGCCACAUGCAGUCCAGCCUCCACAGUCCGAGGCAAAACUGGAGUCUCCCCUUGACUACAGAGCCCACUACUUACCCAUGGUGCCUCACCAUGUCUUGAGACUGAAGGCAGCGCUGGCAGGCAGCAGCAUGCCGGGGAACAUGUCGGUAAUGUCUCAGGCUGUGGACGUCAUCAUGUCUCAACAACAACAACAACAACAACAACAACAACAUGCGGGCCCGCAGGACCUGAGCCAGCACAGAAUGGCCAUGGAUGAGUCUCCCCCCAUGUCCAUGUCCAUGUCUCCCAGUCCUCCCACAAGUCCUGGCUGCAGCCCCCCCUACUCGGGACAGGGCAUGGACACCCCCCCUCCAGCUACCACAGGCCGGCGGAGACGGGGGCAGGAGAAAGACCCUGAGCUCAGGCGACAGAGGUUCCUCGAGAGAAACAGAGCGGCAGCUGCCAGAUGUCGGCAGAAGCGAAAGCUCUGGGUGCAGUCCCUGGAGAAAAAGGCAGAGGACCUCACUGCAACCAACCUGCAGCUGCAGAGCGAGGUCUCCCUCCUGAGGAACGAGGUGGCACAGCUCAAACAACUCCUGCUGGCCCACAAAGACUGCCCCAUCAUGGCCCUGCAGCAAAAGUCUCACGCCACCCUUUUACAAGGUACGAACAGGAGAAAAGGUUCAGGAUCCAACGGUAAGCCAGACCCCGGGCAAGGCCAUCACCACGACAACAACACUCAACUUGACGACAGUUGCUGAGGCGGUGGCGACCUCUGGCCUGACCCAGGGGGCAGGGGUCACCGGGGUCACCACACUGGUCCUGCAGCCUGGGAACGAGAGCGCCGCCGCCACCCUGAUGUCGGUGGGUAUGCCGGGAACGAGCUCGGCCGAGGCGGUGGCGACCUCUGCCCUCACCAACAUGGCGCAGCGGGCAACUCUCGAGCUCCAGCAGAUGCAGGGUCAAGGGUCAGGGGUCGCAGGGCAAGGGUCAGACAGCAAGUAGUUAGGUCAAAGGGCAAGGGGCCAACCCAUCUUGGCUAAAAAAACAAGGCAAGAUAUUUGGCUGGUUCUUAUUUUUGUCCUUAAAACUACACAAGAAAAAGGAAAGUUGAGUUCAAACAUGAGUAUGACUCUGUGUUGCAUAAUGUCGGACGUAAUUUCUCUGCAUGUUGUUUAAAAUUGUUGUAGCGCAAAAUAGAGAAGACAUAUUUUUUAAAAGAAUAAUGAAGAGAGAAUCCUGAAUUGAUGUCAAGACUGACGAGGAAUUUAUUCAGAUCACUUGUAUCUAGCUAACCAGUCAAAAUUCUAGCCCAAAAUGUUUCAAUAUUGUUGUGAAAGUAAGAAUAUUACAUGUAAGUGAUAAAGUCGUUAUGUCUAGGAGUCCAAAACAUAGAUACUGACUCCUGUAACAUUGAAGCAUAGGCAUGAUAUAGGCAUAGUAGCUUUACUGUAAAUAGGCUAUACAGAAUGUAUACAUAUUGCGGCUAGAUUGGCUUUUUUGAAAUUAAUGAGGAAUAUACAAUGUAAGUGUAGCUAGGCAAGUAGAAGUGCUGACUGGUUUUGUAUGUAUAUGUCAACGUUCCAGACUAUAAUGUUAUGUCAGAAGUACCAAGAAAUGUACAGAGCAGUGAACGGAAGCAAAAAAAAUAAUAAUCGUGAAGCUAAAAGUGACACACCCUGAAAAAGCAUCUCAAAUGCAGUUCUCUGAGGUAUCAAAAUGUUUUUUGAAAAGGACACAAUCGUACAUUAGUCCAGAGGUGAAAUUGACAAAAAGGAAGUAUAGUACACUUUAUGUGCCCUUAUAUUGUGAGCAUGUGACUAGAACAAACAGUGUACUGCAUGAGAAGAUCAUUUGGAGCAAAAACAAGUCAACUAGCUGACAAAGGAAAUAUAAAUUGAGUUCACGUAUAAGGUGGUCUUCUCGUAAAGCUAGUUGUGUGGCAUGUACACAAUAAUGGCCAUAGUUAACUGGUGGAAAUCAUUCGUUCUCAAAUGAAAAUCGUCCACUUUUCAGCCAUGAGAUACUAGUACUUGUACCAGGUAUUUACAUAGGGGUAAACUGAACUUAGCUUCCUAAAACUUAAAUAGCACUUUUGAAAUUUUGUUGGUUUAGAGUUAAGUGCCAUUAUGAAGAUGUUUGUUUAUUGGACUUUUGUAUUUUUAUUUUUUUGUUAUUGUUGUUAAAUCUAAUUCAUUGGUUACGAAAAGAGAACAACAGGUCUUUCAAAGUGCUUGAAUCAACACAGUUUGUUAGUGACGCACCAACUAUAUCUAGCCUCCACCAGGCCUUCCUACGGGGUACAGAUCAUAGAAUUUGCCAAAAAAAGGGAAGAAUAGUUGGCAAAGAGAGUCAGUCCAUCCAAAGAAAAAAUGAACUCUAUGGUGGCCAAACUCCCCUGACUAAUUAUUCUCUCUAUUUAACUAAAUUCCACUGUUUUUGAACCUGCAUGGUUAGUCUGGUGGAGACUAGAUCCACUAUAUGCUUCUGUCUUCCUACGGCUACGGUGAAUAUUGUACUUCGAGGUUUGCAGGAAAACGUCAGAAAAUGCUGAAUAUUUGUUGUCAUGUAGAAGCGGGCUUCUAUGAAUUUUACCCUUUGCAGACCUGUCAACUGUGCAUAGUAGGUAUGCAGGAGAUCACACCAAAUUCAAGGCAUAGCAAUGUUUAAAAAACGGAAUAAUUUUCCCCAGAAGGUUUUCUCUUAGUACGGAAUGUAACAAAACUGUAUGACGUUGUGUAAAUCGCAACAUUUUUAUAAGAGGAUACAAUUUCUGUAUUAAAAGCAUAGAUCUAUAGAUAGACACAGAUUUUUGCAACUUCUGCAUCUGCAAAGUUUAUAUGUAUGUGAGCAUUGAACAUGUUUGCAUUACCGUAGUGUACAUGAUGUACUCUGUACCCUAUGUAUGUCCUCAUCAUCAUACCAAUGUACUUUGUAAAAACUAAGAAAAAGCGUAAUGUCCAUUUUGAUACUUAAACAAGGAAGAAAAUCUUUGUUGCUCUCCUAUGGAUACAUUGUAGAUAUCAUAUUCACCCUGGAAGCGUCCAUUUUGUUUGGAAAGUAUGGGAUAUUAUACCAACGAUGUGUAGCACUAUCUAUAAUAGUGAUAUUUCCAUAAAAAAAAACAUUUUGCAGGACAGUGCUUUCCCAGACAGCUUGUAGGUAUUUCAUGUACAUUCCUGUUAAGUGACGCUAGUUAGAAUGGCUCCACCCCAGAGUGGUGUUGCCAAAAAAGCUUUAUAAUAUCAUGGUGCAGCUAUGAUGUGUAUGUGUGUACAGUCCGACUAGUGCUCCCCAAGAAAAAUAAUCAACAUCAACAUCGUCUUUACAGUUCUUAAUGUAGGAAAACAUCACACUUUUUAACACAUCCUGAAGUUUUGAUGGUGCUUUACUUGGUAUACCUGCAUGACACACACACAAAAAAGCAGAAAAAGCUGAAGUACUAGAACUAAAUGUAGCACCCCCCCUCCCCCUUUUGUACUUACCACACUUAUAAAGUAAGGUUCACAAAGACUUCAAAGCACAUCAGAAAUGUGGAUCAUUCUUAGCUAGGAUGUGGUGGCAAGUAGUGGUAUUAUAAAGAACUCCAUAAUAUUUUGUGAUACAUUAUGGCAAAACUUUCAGCUAGUUCUUUGUCAUUGAUGGUGUACAGAUGUAACAUGUUUCAAUCUUUGUCAGACCCGCAAACGAUCAAUAAAUAUAUUGUGUACAAUCA